UCUUUCGGAGAGGGGCACUCUUCUUUUACUUAAAGGGAAGACCGGUGGGAAGGCAAGGAAAAUCUUAUAAGCUAAAAUAAAAGCGAAACAAGGCAAAGUCCGCGGGAGUAUUUUUUUCAGUCUCAAGAAGUGCUUAGUGGAGUGACUAUCGUAUCACAGACGUGAACAAAUAUGUGGGCAGAUGAGGAAGCAGCGCCAUGGGAUAUCGAAGAAACCCCAGCGGAAGAAGCUCCUGAAGCACCUGGAGAAUCAGCCGCCCCAGCUGGUGAAGCAGCGACUGGAGAAAAACCAAAAAUCAAAUUAGAAAAAAUUGAACCACCGCACUACAAUCACCAUUGGGUUCGCCCUCUCUUCCUUAAUUACGCGUAUCUUUAUGAAUAUAGAAAAAAUUAUUACAACGAUGUCAUUGAUUAUUUGAACCAACGGGAGAAAGGCAUAUUUCGAGAACCUCCCAGAGCACAAGAGUGGGCUGAACGAGCAAUGAGGACUUACGACGAAAAGAAUACCGACAAGAGUUUCAAACGAUCUGCAGAUAUGAAAUAUAUAAUUAAUAUGAGACAUGAACCUAGAUACUACAGUUACCAUACUCGAGCAUAUUAUAGUUUGAAGUAUCAGAAAAUUUUGUAAAUUAUUUUUUGAUAAUAAAGUUAUAUAACUUAAUGAUAUAUUGGCAGAAUUGACAUAUGCAGCAUAGAUGUAAAGUACACUACAGUCGUUUUUAUCUAUAUGAAAUUUAUAAUAUCAAAUUUUUAAUAAUAUUAAUUAAUUAUUUAUCCAAACGUAUCUACAUAUUAAUACCAAUUCUAUGCAUUGACUAUUUUCUAAAUGGAUUUUCUUACUACAAAAAUAAACUAAAGGAAUAUUUCUCAUUUCUUCAACUAAUAAAUAAACCAUAAUAAACCAGAAUUCAUUAUCUAUAUUUAAUUCCACAGAAAAUUUAAAUCUCUAUCUCUUAAUUUUAUAUAAAGAUUGUAUUGUGCUAAGUACACAGAUUGUGUCAUUAAGAAACACUGUAAAAAAAGGUAAAUUUUAUCCUAUUUAAAACGUAUAACCUCCUUCAUUAUUCUGUUAUAUGACCACUUAAUUUUUUUUAGUAACUUAUACUUAUAUGUAUACAUAUUAUAUACCUACUUACAUCAUAUGCAUAUCCGUAUUUACGUAUAAUAUACACACAUGUAUAAGCUAUAUAUUAUAUCUAAACAUCAAAUUCUGCAUACACCUAUUACAAUUUAUGUAUGUAUGUAUGUAUGUCAUCGCAAUAUCGUUAUAAAGUAAAUUUAACUACAUAUACAUAUUUUGAAGCAAUGAGAUAUGUCUAAUAUAGAUUCAAACCUUUGCAAAUGAAUUUUGAUAUUGUAGGAACUUUUCAGUAUAUAGAUAAAUUUCAGAAUAAUGUCAAAUUUUGACCAAAAAUUCCUGUCGUUUCCCAAGAAAUUCGUUCUUAAAAAUUUUUCGAAAAUUUAUUAUAUUCAGACCACUGUUUGUAAAAAGACUUUCGCAUUCUCAUUCAUUAUGGUUUCCUAAUGAAAAAAUGUUAU